AUGACUGCUGAUAAUGAACUCGAUGUCCGUUAUGAAAGCCCAAAUAGCGGCCAAAGAAACCACUCAUCGGUAAUUCAAAUGCUGUCGUCAGCUACCCCUCAAAACCUGCUUUUAUUAAACCAAAUAUUACGAGAGCUGGCGCACUCUCUUAAUAAGCCCGUGCUGGAGUUUAUCGACUCUUUGAUCGAAAGAAUCAUGAUUCCACGGGGUCAAAAGCUGUUAUUCUGGUUGGACAAACAGAAUGGAGAAAGUUUGUCUGCCAGCGCGGUUGCGGAAGAAUUUCAGGUCUACGAUCUUGGUCACGGAAAGUUGCUGGAAAUGAUCUACUUGCGGCAGCUCGUAGUGAAGAUUCUGAACGACGAAAAGUCUCUUCCAAAAGUGUCGUCGCCAGAGUAUGCGUCAAAGCUUUCGGUUCUGAUGGAACACAUGCACGCGUUGCUCAUAGCUCUACUCAAGGAACUGAGCGGAUUUAUUCAUAUUUCGGAAACUAGUUCUGUGCAUAAAAAGCUGGUGGAAGAUCACAUCACUAAUUUCCGCACUGCUUUUGAUGGCUACAAGUCUUUCAACGAAAUAUUGGAGGCACUGGCUGCCACACCGAAGCUAUUUAGCCCGCCAGAAGAAGGUACUUUUAAAAUUGAGCCAAAAACGAUCGCAAAGAUCAAAAAUUUCACGGAAACAAACAAAAAAUGGUGCAUAGAUCUACUGUUAGACUCCAACGCCUUGCGAGAAUUUUUCCUUUUAGAAAAUGAUGCCAAGCUCUCUGACGACAACACCGUGGACGAUCUUUGUUUCGUUGUGACAUCAGAAAAAUUCAUUUGCUUCAACCGUCUACGCAAGGAAAGAUUACGUAUAAGUCAUCGAAGGGUUUUUUGA